AUGGCUGAUAUCGACCUCCUUUUCUCUGUGUUGUCAGUAUUCGUUGGGCUGAUUUUUCUGUUUGCUUUGUUCUUCUACCUUUGCAGAGUAAGGAAGCAGUUUGUACCUACUCGAAGGCCUCUGUAUCCCCACGUGAUCGUGACGCCUCGGUUUCAAGAAAUAGACACUUUCUCACUUGUAUCGACUUCGUUCGCCCCGACUGCUUCAGGAUUCAGGGCACCAGCGCUUCCGCAGGUGGUUGAUGAGGUUCCCAUGAAUGGCCACUUCAUGUCGCGACCGACGUCUGAAUAUUUCCCAAUUUUCAAUACCCUGAAACUUCAUGCCCAGAUAUCCAAAUGCCCGUCGCUGGCUGACAUCCAUACCACCAGGUACGGAGGCAAUUCAAAACCGCCUUCUCCCGCGGAGCUGCAGAGUCCACCCACGAUCUUCCCGUCUCCUUACGGAUCCCCGCUGGUGACGCCGUACCUUGUGGUUCCUUUGCGACAUUCUCAACCUCGGUAA